CUUAUAACAAAACCCUACAGCAGCUGAUUCAGAAGAGCCAGACUGUUGUAGCAGUCAGAAUUAUCUCCUCUCCUGAAACGGUCAUCCAUAAAAUGCCUUGCUGUUCUGUUGAGGACCCAGGUGAUUUUUCUGGGGUGCUGGAGGAGUAUCACGAUCUGCGGAUGGUGUUCAGCCGUUCUCGGGCCGCUUCUCUCCCUCCUCACAGUCCCUAUGACUGUAGCAUCGACCUUCUCCCGGCUCGAGCUCGAGGCCGUGGGGAAGAUUCGCGACCUGGAACAGAGGCAGGCCCAGCUGAGAGAGCCGCGCUGGAAUCAUCCCGGGCUGACGCUCACAAGUCCGGGAUGUCCUUCACUGCGACGCCGGGACACCAUGGACCCUGGGUGCAUCCACAGCGGAGGACGCGAGCCGGGUCCCGGGCGACCACUUCUCCCCCUCCUGCCUUCGAGAUCUCCAUCCAAAACCGCUUCGCUCCCCUCCGCGAGACAGGACGCGACGCUGUGAUCAUCGGAGACUCCAUCGUCCGACACAUACCCGCGAUCCUGAAGGACGACGAGAGCCCCAGAGCGGUCGUGCUUCACGCCGGGGCUAACGACACCAUGCUGCGGCAGACGGAGAUGCUGAAGAGGGACUUCAGGAGCCUGAUCGAGACGGUUCGCAGCACGACGCCCGCGGCGACGAUCGUCGUGUCAGGACCACUGCCCACGUAUCAACAAGGACACGAAAGGUUCAGUAGACUUUUUGCUUUAAAUGAAUGGUUGUUGUCAUGGUGUAAAGAACAGAAACUGCUAUUUGUUAACAACUGGAAUCUUUUCUGGGAGCGUCCUAGACUGUUUCGCGCUGAUGGAUUACACCCCAGCAAAAUCGGAGCGGAGCUUCUCUCUGACAACAUCUCCAGGACACUUCACUCCAUGUGACUAGAUUUACCAAGCUCCAGUCUGGAUCCAAAACACCUGAGAAGAGAUGAUGCUGACCCCUCAGAGGAUCCCAGAUGAUGCUAACCCUGAAUCAACAAACAGAACUAACAAUUAUUGCUAAAUGUGUGACUGAAUCAUAUAAUAACUUAAUUAAUAAUAUUGAUAGUUCAUCGUCUAGCUGACUACAUCUUGUAUUAUUAUUAUUAUUUUAAUUUUUUCUAAAAUCCUGUCAAAUGUGCACAAACUACUAGCUACUACUAAAUAUUGUAGAAACAUAAUUUUCUGUAAAGUUGCUUUGUAACGAUUUGUUUUGUAAAAAGCGCUAUACAAAUAAACUUGAAUUGAAUUGAAUUGAAUUGAAUUGAAUUGAAUUGAAUUCUACUCUUAA